CCUUGUCCAACACUCGUUCAAGCGUUAUGAGGUUCCUUAACACGAUCGGCGUGGCCGCCUGCGCGCUUUCAUCCAUUGCAUCAGCAGCGACUUCGUGGACGUUCGAUGAUGCGACGUUGUCCGUUGCGGCCAAGGGCUCCGAAGCUGUGAAGCACAAACUCUCACCAAGUGCACCGAUCGCAGCUCCUAUUGUCUUACCAGCAGCGGCAUCUCUCAAACUCAUUCUCACGGCACAAGAAGGCAAGAGCGGGAAACGACCACACCAAGCCUUCCUCACUCUCCACCAGGAGAGCACCGGCCUAGAAGAAUCCUUCGCCUUCUCCGUCAAAGACAACGGCAAAGCUAAAGUGGACAUCUCCCAAAAAGACAUCCCCCACCAACUCGUCCACUCCUCCGAGCCCCUCCUCGCAACCAUAACCCUCGCCUCAUUCGGCUCCUCAACGCCCCUCCGAAGCUCAGCCUUCCACCUCACAAUCCAACCCGACGCCACGGCCUCUUCCACUGGCCCAGAACCUGAACGCUACUCCGCCAAACCCGAAAUCCACCACAUCUUCAAAUCCGAUCCCAAAUCACCUCCAACUGUGAUCUCCCUCUUCUUCACCCUCGCCAUCGUUGGAACACUGCCAGUCCUUCUCGGAGUGUGGGUCGCGUUGGGCGGAAACAUCAGUCACGCGGGAAAAGCGUUCGGCACUGCACCAAUCGCACACGGGCUGUUUUUGGGGAGUGUAUUUGGAUUGGAGGGAGUUUUCUUCUUAUACUACAGUGCGUGGAAAUUGGGGCCAACGUUGAGCGCCGCAGCGGUAUUGGGUGUCGUGGCAUAUGUCAGUGGGUCCAAGGCUUUGACUGAGGUGCAAGAGAGAAGGUUGAAUGGUGAGAGAUAGACAAGAGUACAACAUUUUAAGGAAGUAGGACAUGAUAGGCGAAAAAGCGCAGCAUCGCGAAGGCAGAUCGGAGUCGAUAUAGCAGACAUGAAUUUGUCUGAUAAAUGUACUACCUAGCUGUACCGUACAUCUCGAAGCGAGCCUCCUUCACACAUUUUCAGAAAAAGCGACAACAGACCGACGCCAACCACCAUGGCCACAUGCGUCGUUUCCACAAGCAAUUUCCCUGAGGAUCGCUGCAUGGCAGUUCCAUUACACACCCAUCUCUUUUCACAGCGCCGCGAUAGCCUUCCUCAGCACCUCCAGACUCCUCUCCGUGAUGCCCUCGUGUUCUUCAUCCCGAUCCCUCAGCAUCCAGCUGACAUCACUCAGUAGACCCAAAGGCAUCCAGUCGCUGCCCUGGGCCUUCUCCAAGCUCUCCUUGAUCCGCCCAGUAUGCUCCCAAUUUUGUGCCGCCUCUUCCGCACGAUCGAUGACCUUCGUUGGAAUUCCGCACAUGGCAGCACAAUGCAUUCCGUAACUUCCCUCAGCCACGCCAUUCUCGAGUUGGUACAGGAACGUCACAUCCCGGAUGUCAUCAUCGACCUUGACUGCCAUGCGUUUGGCUUCGACCUCAGGAUGCUGGCGGAACUCUGCGGCAAGAGAAUGGUAGUGCGUAGCGAAGUAACCCAGGGACCCAACGUGGGUGGCGACGUGAUGGAGGACGGCUUGAGCAACGGCGACACCGUCGUAGCUGCUUGUGCCACGACCGAGUUCGUCGAGAAUGACGAGAGAGCGAGGCGUGGCCUCAGAAAGGAUCUUCUUGGUUUCGCUGAGUUCGACCAUGAACGUGCUCUGGCCGGCGAAGAUGUUGUCAUGGGCUCCAAGACGAGACAUAAUGCGGUCGACUGGUGUGAGACGUGCAGACUCGCAAGGCACGUAGCAGCCGAUCUGAGCGAGAAUGACUGCCACGCAGGUCAUGCGGAGAACAGUGGAUUUUCCUGCUGCGUUGGCUCCGGUCAAGAGUGUGAUUGAGGCCUGGGCGCCGCCAAGAGCGAUGUCGUUGGGAAUGAAGUUUGUAGUUGUCUCGAUGCAUGGGUGGCGUAGAGUCUGGAACUCGAGCACACUGCGAGCAUUGUCGUCUUCCACAAACUCUGGCCUACAAGACGGCGAGCCCAAAGAACCCGAAGCCUUGGCGAGUGAGAUCAGGCAGUCGAGCUGAGCGAUGAUCUUUGUGGCUGCCAGCCAGAUGGCAUAAUCUUCAUCGAAGCGAGCAAAAUAUCGUGAAGCCAGAGACCUCUCGACUUGGCCGUGCAUCUCUUGUGCCUCCUUCAGAUCCUGGACGAGGCUCUCGAGCUCAGGUGAGUACCAUCUCUUGCAUUGCUUGGUGGCAGACAUUUGCUUCCAGUUCUUUGGAAUCGCGCCCUUGACCUUGAUUGGAACCUCCAGCUGAUAGAUUUCUUUCCCGUUGUCGGUAAACUUGAUAGCCUGCGAGUCGAGAUCUUUUCGUGCCUUCUUGAGGAGCUGAUUCAACUGGGCAAUGACGUUGUCAAUGCGUUCUUGGCUUUCAUCGUAGUCUUCUUCCACACCUGGUUGCGGAAUGAAGACGCUGUCAUCUCGAGCCUUCUUGCGAUCAAAGGCAUCGGCCCAGUGCUUGAGAGCUCCAGCGAGGUCCGGCAUUGCGGAAAUGAGCUGGCCCAGUAGUCCUUCGCCCUCGCCGAAUCUCUUGAGCAGCGACAUGGUGUACUCGAUCUGCUCGUAUCCUUCGAGAACCUUGACGAAAUCUUGAGGUCUGCACCGUCCGGCGU